AUGAAGCAGGGAAGGGUGCCCAAGCCACAUGCAAGCGAAAGGCUCGCGAAUCGUACCAGCUUGACGAGCUCAUCCGAGAGCACUUCGCCACAGCCGCAGGACAAGCCACCGACAAUACCACAUGCAGAUGCAAAGCUCAGGCGUUCCGAUUCCCAUGUGGCCAAGGAGGUGGCGGCUGAUGUGAUGGCAGGGGCCUCGAUGCUUCUGGUGGCUCGUGUGUUGGCAAAGGCCUCGGAGCUUCUGCCAGAGAAUGAACAGCUCAAGACCCUUGGUGAUAAGACUCGCUUGGUCGUCACAAUCGCUGGAGAGCACAGCACCGGCAAGUCCACAAUCAUCAAUGCAAUCUUAGGCGAGAAGAAGUGCCAAACCAGCAAUACCCAAGGCACAACAGAAAAGGUCAAUGAGUUCCCCGGCGAGACUGCUGUCGUUGUUGACACUCCCGGACUUGAUGCGCCAGACUUCCAAGAGCACGAGGAGCAGGCGUUGAAUGCUAUCCGGCGCUCGGAUUUUGUGUUCCUCACUGUGCUGGCCAACAAGCCUACCAGUACGGCUGCGGACACCCUUCUCAAGCAGGUUCAGUCUAGCAAGGCUCGGCUCGUGGUGGUGGUGACGUAUUGGGAUGCCCUCAAGACGGAAGCAAGCCGGAAGGAAUGCAAGGAGCAGGUACGCAAGUUCGUGGAGUCGAGGGGGUUCCCCGAUGCCAAGAUCUUCUACACCGACGCCGCAGCCGCAGAGCAAGCGAGGUGCCAGAAGGAGGCUUGCCGAGAUGCGGGGUUCAACGGUGUGCAGGCCCUCCUGGACCAGGAGUUGAGUGACAAGUCCUACCUGUGCCGUUCGCUGCUCGAGGCGGCUGCUGAGCCGGUCCAGGAAGAGAUCCUCAAGGUCAAGAGGGAGAUCGGCGACUUGGAAAGAAAAGCUUCGAAAUCAUCCGGUUGGUCUUGGGGCCUUGGCAUCUCCUCGGGUGUUUCGGGAGUAGGUGGCUUAGCUCUCUUGGCUGCUGAAGCAGCCGUGGCCGGGCCCAUUGGUCUUGGUGUGGCCGCGGGCUUGGGGAUCGGUGCCAUCGUUUCUGCAGGUGGCAGGGGCGAAGUUAACACACAGUCCGAGAUGAAGGGCCUUCGAGUGGCAAAGUUGCAAGAGCUAGGGACCGAGCUGAAAGGACUCCUUGAUUCCCUGACCUGUACAGUAGCUGCCUAG